AUGGCCUGCUCCGUACGGACCACCGAAGUCUCUUCGCAGUCAGGUUCGUGUCGGACGGCCGGCUCUACAUCUAAUUCGACCUCGCCGACGACGUCCAUCUCGACUUCGACCUCGCGCAGUCGGGACUUUAGACAAGCCGACGCGGAUGCCGUGUACAAACUGGCGCAGGAAGAUUUACCAUUAGGAAUCAAAGUCAAGGAUGCUCUACGUAUCAUCGACCAGGCGAUAGAGGACUACGGGUCAGUGGAGGGCAGCAUCCAUUCGCAUUCAAAUCGUGAGGUGAAGAGCUGAUUCCACGCCUUCUCCUGGGGACGAUUCCUCAACAACGUAGACUUCAACAUGUGGCACUCAGCUUCAAUGGUGGAAAAGACUGUAGGUGUUUGCAGGAUGCCUUUUUUGGUCGACUUGGGGGCGAUUCGUCGAACCUCGCGGUGCUGAGCCGGAGCUGACAAAUUGACUCUGUCCAUCAUCAUACGAUACCAUCGACUCGGUGCACCGUUUUCGCUACAAUUCGGAAACGACGGAGUCAACAGGCACGGUCCUCGUCCAUCUCUUGGCCGCCGCAGCCUUCCGAUCACAGCGACCCACCGACCACAACUCUAACUCCAACUCCCACUCCCACUCCACCUCCAUCCCCUCCACAACUCCAACCCCCACCUCCGCCUCCCCCCCUCAUCUCGAAUGCGUCUACGUGCGCUGCGCAUCCCCCUUCCCCCAAGUGGAGACCUUCGUCGAGACAUGUACCCAACGAUACCACCUCAACCUCCGAGCCGUCGAUGGUGGGAUGAAGGAAGCUCUGCAGAACUAUCUGGACCAGAAGAAGCAGGAGGUGCCGAUCCAGGCUGUAUUGGUCGGAACGAGGAGGCAUGAUCCCCAUGGAGGUAAAGUACUCGACUCUAAACUCUGUUUCACCCACAGUUCGGACUGACUCUUUUCUUAACUGAAAUUUUGCUCGCAGAACACCUGACACCCUUCGCUCGUACGGAUGGGGGAUGGCCCGAUUUCAUGCGCGUGCACCCGAUUCUCGAUUGGACAUACAAGGAGAUCUGGGAUUUCUUACGACACCCGGAACUGACGUUGGGGGGAUCGAAAGAAGCGGGUUUGAUCGAGUGGUGUGAACUGUACGACUAUGGGUGAGUAACGACGUAACUCGUCUAUUCCCACAGAAGGGGUACCAAAGCUGAAUGAAAACCUCUCCUUCUCGGCACGACACAGGUACACCUCCCUAGGCUCUACGUACAACACUUUCCCAAAUCCGAUGCUGAAAGCGAUCGGAGAUGCAUCCGUUAAAGGAGGGUGGAGACCGGCAUGGGAGUUGAAGGAUGAGACUCAGGAAAGAGCAGGGAGGUGAGUCACUUUCCCACUAUCAUGAUUCCUUGAUGUCGCCCGAGGCAUCUUGCAGGCGCAGAAGAACCUCGUACUGAUGUCAAGGGGUUGGGACCGACCGAUGAACAGAGAUGCUAAGCUUAUGAAGCAAGUGAUCGAAGUGGCGGAGCAGAUCGUCACCCUUUGA